AUGACAUGAAUAUUGAGUCAAAAAAAGAAAGGUAUACCCUUUUUAACAAUCUUUCAAUUCUAUUGAAAGCUGUCGAAAAUGAACGAACAACCGUAGACCUUCAAAAUGAAUCGUCAGUUUAUGGAACUGUAGAACACACGGAUGCUUAUAUGAAUAUUGUAAUGAGAGAUUGCAUCUUUACCGAUCCUAGAGGGGAUUCAUAUAAUUACGAUAUGUUAUUCGUCCAGGCAAGGAAUAUUCGCUUCGUUCACAUACCGCCCAAAAUACGAAUUAUACCAGCUAUUAAGGAACAGUUGCAACAAUUAUUAAGCCAAAAGAAACAAGUAACAGAUAAUAUAAAAACGUUUAGAACAAAACGUAUUGAGAAGACACAACAAGAAGGGCUUGCAAUGGUAGAGAAAAUUUUGGAAGACAGAAAGAGUACAGAACAAAAUUUCAACAAAAAAGAAAAUUGAUUGAAAAUGAAAUAAGGAAAAAUAUUUAUACUUUCAUAAU